AUGCCUCCGUCUCUCGAUUUCACCUCGGAGCCCCAGGGCAUGGAGCCGCACAUGAAGCUGGCAGGGCUUGCGGUACAGUCGCUCAUGAUGGGAAUCUUUUCCGCCCUCGUCUUCGCGAUGGUCUGCCUCCUCUGCCGUCACGCCACCCCGCAGGACCCAAGCAACCUCCAACAACCUCCAGACCGGCGGCGCCUCCUCGCUAGCUUCAUUAUCCUCGCCCUCAUGGUCACAGGCCAUUGGAUCUGCCUCGUCAUCCGCGCCUUCCAGGGCUUCGUGUGGCGGACCAACGGCGAGCAUCCGGCUAUCUAUUUCGCGGAAGUAAACGAUCCAGCUGGUUCAGCAAGGUUCGCCUUCCAUGGGGCGACAAUCGUUGUCGCGGACCUCUUUGUUAUUGGCCGCCUCUACGUUAUAUGCGACUACUGCAAGUCAGUGGUCGUCGCCCCGCUCCUAUGUCUGGCUGGGCUAGUCGUACAACGCCCUGAUUCCCAGCACGCUUGUCUAUCUUCAUCGCUGGAGGCUCGCGCGCUCGAUUUUUACUAUUCUGACCAAUGUCUAUUGUACGGCUAUGAUCGCUUGGCGCAUCAGACGGUACCAUCGGGGCACCGGCUGCAAGAUCAGUACGCCUAUAAUCGCUUCACUAACGCACACUUCUCCCUCCGUAUCAUAUACGCCUUCGCCCAGUCCGUUGUCAUCGUCAUAACUGAGAGCGCGGUGCUCUACACCUCCGCCGUGCUCAUCGCCCAGGUCGCCUACGAAAUCGACCAUAUUGCAAGCUACUUCUUGGUCGACAGUAUCCCGACCAUUGCUGCGCUCACCGCCGUCCUGGUCCACGCCCGCGCCGUGCUCACAAAGGCUCGCGAUGUCUAUAGCGGAUGCGAGUGGAGAAGUCAUGGUCUGGAGAGCGAGAUGAUGGAGGACCGUCACCGUGCCGCAAGGUUUGAUGGACUUGCCAUUGUCUGUAAACAGACGUCGCCGCGUGUCUGUCGUAUCUGGCACGAGCUCGCCACCAAUAUUUGUGGCAAGAAAGCUAUUUGCUGCACGUUCUACGCCUCCUUCCCCGCGAUGCAUGGCAUUUUGUCGAGGCGACACUGCAACAAGGACGACAAGAACGACGACUACCACGCGCCAGAUUAUGCGUGUCUGGAUCUCAAAGUUCAUUCCCAUAAUCCGUCGGAGCUUUGCGAACCUGUUUUCCGAAGCUCGGACACAGUGUCGCGUCUUGCUCGUGAGGGACAUGACCACGCCGGCACCUCAUGCGGGCCGACCAUGAUGGCCGGCAACGUAUGUCGCCAACUACAGGAGACGCUCGUGCCAUCGAAAUUUACGCUCUUCCCUGCGCUUGAUGAGCUCUGUAUCGACUCAAGCAUGGCGUACCAGUGGGGGAUCUGGGAAGCAGCAUCUGCGAUGAUGGAUUCACUUCGGCUGCUCCGCAUAAACACCGUAUCCCCUGCGACGCUAGUUACCUUCGCCAACUUGCAGGACGCCACUAUUUGCCACGCGGAUGAAGCGGUGUGGGACAUCCUCUCGACGCUUCCGCACCUCACGAAUCUGAUCACGACAAUCGACCACCCAUUCUCAUCUGACCAGCCUGCGGAAAGAGCUGCCCUUUUCCCCAAGCUCACGAGACUCAGCGUAUCUUUUAAAGGCGGCUACAACGUGCGCGCGCUCAGGGCUGUCUUGAGUAGUGCCUGCACAAGAUUAUCCUCGCUCAGGAUCUAUAUUUUUGAGCCUCCCGACCUCUUCAACGAGCAUGGCAUCGCUCUCCCAUCCUACGUCUGCUCGUUAUGCUCCCACCACUUGGAUAAGCACAUCCUCAGAAGCCUCGACGUCGCAUUCUCGGAAUCCUGCACCGGAUCUGAUCUUCGGAGCAUGUCCUUUGAUAGCACUAUUGUCCCGCUUCUCAAGUUCAAUGCCCUGGGGAAACUUUGUCUCGCCCUCGAUUCAGCACACCUUCGAAUUGAGUCCGACCGACUCGCUCGCAUCAUGGAAGACUUGCCUAAACUGGAUUACCUCUCGCUGGAAGGAUGCUACAUCCCAGUGCAGGGCUUGCAGGUCUUGGCGAAGCUUCCCUCUCCGCCUCAAGACAUCAGAGUAUUGGUGACGGACGUGGACGACAUACCAGGAGAAGAGACUUGGAAUACCCUCCCGAGUUCAGCAGCCGAACUUGCCUGCUUGGAGCUGAACAUGCGGGAAGACGAUCGCGAACGUCAGCGGAUGGAUAGAUGCGUCGCAUACGCUCGUGUUUUAUUUCCCAAGGCGCAGAGGAUACACGACUACAGAUGUAGUCCAAUAUAUGGCUACGGACCUUUGGACAAACCGUACGCCACCUACUCCGCCAAUGGAUGGCAGAUCUGUCUUAAUCAGACGACUUCGCGAGCUACCUUAGUAGCUCGAAGAACUGAGACCGCAUCCGCGUUGCGAGGCGUAAAGACGCACUUGAAGUGCUUCGGAUCUUUGCGAUGCAAUACGAUGCCAGAUGUUAGCGCGGAAUCUAUUGGGAGACAUUGA